AUGCACACGCGCCUCGGCCGUCACCCGAUAUCGGCGGCGGCGACGGACAACGUGAAAAUGGCACAGGGCAAGGCAGCCGCAGCUCAGCCUCUCCCAGCCUCGCCCAUUACUUCGCCCCAGUCGCCCCAGUCGAUCUUCUUCGAUCGAUACGAUUUUGACUCGCAUCCGCUCAAGAGGCGCAUCUCCAGGCCUAACAUCCUCUCUCUUUUGCCCAGCUUCGACGCGGCGCGGCACAUGCAUUCCACGCUGCUGCUGAACCCUGUGGGGGAGACACCGCGCGCGUCUCGCAACCGCGAACGAAAAUCCUCGGCCUCCAACAGCAACCAAAAGAGCAGCAGCCGAAGCCUACAGUAG